AGAGGCAAGAGCAAAGCGAUCUGGCGUGGUCCGAGUGUCAAACGCCAAGCCAGGCUUUGGAGACCGGGAGACGGCGACUUGGACGACAGCAGAGCUCGCAGUCCAAUCCCGAAGGCCGUCGCCAUCUCACUUCGUCCUCAAUCACCUCUCCGCUCUCAUAGCCUGACCAUGCUGUCUCGCGCCGCUCGUCCCACCGCCAGGGCUGNNGCUCCCAAUGCCGCCAACUUCGCCACUCUCCGUGAAAUCGAGGGUCGUCUCAAGUCCAUUCGCAACAUCGAGAAGAUCACCAAGACUAUGAAGAUUGUCGCCUCGACCAAGCUCACCCGCGCCCAACGUGCCAUGACCUCUUCCCGCGCCUACGGCCAGGCUUCUCAGCAGGUCUUCGACGAGGCCGAGACCAAGCCCGUCGAGGCUGAGGGCAAGACCCUUCUGGUUGUCUGCUCUUCCGACAAGGGUCUCUGUGGUGGUAUCCACUCGGGUCUUUCUCGUUACGUCCGCAGAGAGUUUGGCCCCAACCCCGAGAGCUUCGAGCUCGUCGUUCUCGGUGAGAAGUGCAAGGCCCAGCUCGGCAGAUCCAACCCCAAGAACAUGGCCCUCAGCUUUGCCAACGUCGGAAAGGACGUCCCUACCUUCGCCGAUGCUUCCGCCAUUGCCGACCAGAUCACCCAGCUUCCCGGCAACUACUCGAGUGUCAAGAUUCUUUACAACAAGUUCUUGAACGCCCAGCAGUACGAGCCCACCGUUGUCGAGGCUUUCUCCGAGGACGCCAUCAAGGCUUCUGCCAACAUCUCUUCCUUCGAGGUUGACGACUCAAUCCUUGGUAACCUUCGUGAAUACUCGCUUGCCAACUCCCUCUUCUGGGUAUGUAUCCCUUUAUCUUGGAUCCUAGUACGGAAGACAGGUUUACUAAUGACGAUUAGGNCUCUUGCUGAGGGUCACGCCUGUGAGCAGUCUGCUCGCCGCAACGCCAUGGACAACGCCUCCAAGAACGCUGGUGACAUGAUCAACAGAUUCCAGAUUCUGUACAACCGUACCAGACAGGCUGCCAUUACCGGUGAGCUGGUCGAGAUUAUCACUGGUGCAACCGCCUCCGAGGACAUG